AUGGAAACUACUAUCCGUUCAGCUGUAUCAGUUGGUCUGUUAGCUUAUUCUUUGUCCAAGUUUGAAAACAGCACACUGUUCUAUGCACCUGCCAUUGUCAUACCGGCUCUAGUUUCUCUGCUGCACUUCCCAACAUGUAGAUUAUGGAGAUUUGCAUCCAGCCUCACCAUAGUUGGAGCUGCUCUUUUCCUUCAUUUCUUCGUUUGGACAGUAGUAUCAUUACAGCAUACACAAGGAUUAGAUUUCCAUGAGGCCAGAUACUUAUUACCCAUCGCAAUUGCUAUGGCUCUGAUCGUCACAACCAGGAUCAAUCAUGACACCGUGGAGAAGCCGAUUCAUUACGUGCGAAGUGCUUUCUUUCACUAUCUCAUAGUUGUAAGCGUCUUGAUCAUUUCUAGUUCUCCCAAACUGUAUUUUGAAUGA